AUGGUAGGACGAGGACAUGCACUGUUCGAUGUUAAAGCGGCUACAGAGUUGGUUCCACAGAUCCGACUGGAAGCGCGGAUCGUGGUCCGGUAUGACCACCUGUGGAAAACCGUGAUGGCGGAUAAGACAGUCUGCGAGGAGCUCCACGGUAACUUGAGUAAGGAACUCAGGGAAUUGUGGAACGCAGAUGCGACACAGUCCAUGGACGCAGAUGUGCAGGAUGUCCCGCCUCUGGAUUGGGUUCCGGCGGCGCAGGUGAAGGUGUGGGCGGCAGGCUGCGUCGUCUGGGUCGUCGCGAACGAAUUCCGGCGAGCUCCCUGUAGUUGUCAGGCCGACCACGAGAGCCAGGAGCGGCGCGCGCUUGUCCUACUGCGUGCAUCAAUGGUGUCGAUGAGGCUUCGAUGCUUGGAGUUGUUGGAGAUGGGUGAGAGCUUGAUGAUCAGUGUAAGCCGUUACCUUGGAAACGCGGAGCAAGUGUGA